AACUCCGUUCCACUCUUUAUUUCAACUUUACCGCUGGCGCCCCCCAUAAAGCACCUGCUACACCUGAAACCAGCGACACCUGUGAAGCUUCUGACACCCCCCCGGUGAUUUAUGAGUGUGUCCGGCAGAAACACAGAGUUUAUGGAUAAACUGAAGAGCGUUCUGAGCGGGCAGGAUGACGGGAACGCGGAUGGGAGCGGCAUUCUGGAGAACGUCAACCAGGCGUCGACGCUGGCCUGGGGGACGAGGAUGAAGGGAUUCCUUAUCUGCUUCGUCUUGGGCGCCUUCCUCUCCAUCCUGGCUACCUGCCUGUUGUGGAUCCCAGGUUUUGGACUUCCUGUGUUCGCUGUCCUCUACAGUUUCGGAAACAUCUGCGCUCUGGCCAGCACCAUGUUCCUGAUGGGUCCGCUCCGCCAGCUGAAGAACAUGUGCGCUAAAGAGCGAGCGAUUGCCACCACCGUCAUGCUGACUUGUUUGGUUCUGACGCUCUGCGCUGCUUUCUGGUGGAAGAACAAAGGCCUGGCUCUGCUCUUCUGUGUCCUUCAGUUUCUGGCUUUUACCUGGUAUGGCCUCUCCUACAUCCCCUUUGCCAGGGACGCUGUCAUCAAACUGUUCUCACUCUGCAUGUAGCAUCAUCAGUCAUUGGACCAAUCAGGACACAGGAUACUUUGGUCGGUAUCCAAUCAGGACACAGGAUACUUUGGUCGGUAUCCAAUCAGGACGCAGGAUACUUUGGUCGGUAUCCAAUAAGAACUUUAUUUUAAACGUAAAGUUCUCAGGUUCUUAAAAUAUUAUCUGAAAGUUUUUUAUUUUAUUUAUUUCAAAAUAAAGUCAGUUUUAAUUAAGUUUAUUUCUGAUUUUACAUUUAGUUACACGUUAAUAAUCCUAAUUGUUUUGUAAUUUAUGGUAUUUUAAUUUUAUGGGGUGAUAC